AUGGGACACUUUUCAAAGUGUUCCAUUCGUCGUCCAAAAUGUUCACCGAAUAUAUGGAUGUGGGUGAAAAAUAUACAAAAAGAAGAGGAAGAUGCACGUUAUAAUCGUGAACAAGAGCUUUUUCAAGGCUUACCUUCAAACAAAAUAGCAAAGUCUAGUAUAAUUCAUGAAGAACAGCUUAUUGCAGCUAAACAACGAUAUGAAAUAACAAAAGAUAUUGAAAGUUAUAAACGUUCAACACAAAGAAAAGCUUGCUGUUCUUUACAUAAACAUGAAAAAUUAAACAAUGAUACUGAUUCUGAUUGA